UGACAUGUGUCAACAUGUGUUUGUAAGAAAUGAGGUUAAUUUAUUGUUGAUAAAUUAAUUCUUUUAUGUUAUGAAUUGAUGAAUAAAAAUGCCAAAAAAUAAAUUGUUUGAUGAAGAAUCCGAUGAGGAAGUAGCUAUUAAAACUGAAAAUGAAUACGCCAAAAGAUAUGAUGCUUGGCGGGAGAAGGAAGAAAAAUACAAAUUAGAGCAAAAAUAUGGGUCCAAAGCGUUAAAUUCUGAUGCGUCAAUAUCAUCGGACAGCGAAGAUGAGAGCGAUGAACCUUUGGAAGUAUCAGAAGAAACUGAGACACAAUUCCUGAAGACCCUCGCUCUGUUGAAGACGAAAGACCCGAGAAUAUAUGACCCUGGAUAUAAGUUCUUUGAUGAAAAAGUUGAAAAGGAAAAAGAAAAGGAUGACAAGAAGAAGAAAGUGGUUUUCACAGACAGUGAUGAUGAUGAUGAUGACAGUGGCAACAUAUUUAGCAUUGAAAAGAAAGCUGAGGUUGAUGAGGAAAAACAGGAACAGGAACACAAUAAAGAUGGCAAAUUAAAGGAUUAUCUUCUAGGCAAAGUGGAACAUGUAGAAGAGGAUGUGGAGAAAGAACUGGCUCCUCUGAAAGCUCUCUGGUCCGACCCCAAGCUUAAUGAGGGAGAAGCUUUCCUCAGAGAUUACAUAUUGAACAAAAGGUACCUGGAGGAGGGAGACGCGGGACCGGCGGGGGACAGGCUGCGCGACGACGCCGAUCUGGAAGCAGAUGAGGAGAUUGUGGAGGAGCAGGGCAAGUUUGAGCGAGCGUACAACUUUAGAUUUGAAGAGCCCGAUGAUGAAUAUUUGAAACGUUUCCCGAGAACGAUGAACUACAUCCGGCCGAAGGACGACAAACGUUCUCGCAAGCGCGCGGAGGUGCGCGCGCGCAAGGAGGCGGAGAAGCGCAGCAAGAUGGAGGAGAUCGCGCGGCUGAAGGCGCUCAAGUUGAAGGAGGUGCAGGAGAAGAUCGCCAAGCUGAAGGAGGUCACCGGGAACCAGGAACUGGCGUUUAAUGAUGAAGAUAUAGAGGGUGACUUCGACCCCGAGGAGCACGACCGCCGCAUGCGCGCUAUCUUCGACGAGCAGUACUACGGAGAGGCAGACGACAAGAAACCUGAAUUCCCCGACCUGGACGAGGAAUUGGAGAUCGAAAAUUGGGACAAGUACGAGGAUGAGUUUGGUCAAGAUGUGGAGGCGGAGGGCGCGGCGGAGGGCCCGCACUGCGAGGAUCAAGACUUUAAUAUGGACGCGGACUACGAUCCGAAGAAAGCGCGAGAGAAUCUUCUAGAAGAAUUGAAACGUGGCAUGGUGAAGAAGCGUAGGAAUAGAAAGAAGAAGUCAAAGCUCGCUCAGCUGCUGGAGGAGGAGAAGCCAAAGUUCGUGCCCGAAGCGGAGAGAAGCUACGCUCAGUUCAUGGAGGAGUACUACAAGAUGGAUUGUGAAGAUGUCAUCGGAGGAGAUCUGCCCACCAGGUUCAAGUACAGAGAAGUGGUGCCCAAUGACUACGGACUGUCUAUUGAGGAGAUUCUUCUAGCAGAUGACAAAGAGCUGACGCAGUGGGUGCCGCUCAAGAAGAUCGUGAAGCACCGCCCGCCCGCCGCGGAGAAGGGCGAGGUGAAGACAUACGCCAUCAAGGCCUCGGACCUGCAGCUCAAGAAGAAAAUAUUACCCAGUCUGUUUAAAGAAUUACCACAAGAACCAGAACUAGUAGUUCCAGUAGAAGCUAGCAAAAAGAAAAAGAAGAAGAAGAAAUCAAAAGAAAGUAAAGUGGAAAACAAAGAAGCUGAUAAAAAUGAGGUGAGAGAAAACAGCACUGAAAGCACUGUUGGUGACAAAAUAAAUUUAAAUGUUAAACAUAAAAACAAGAAAUCCAAGGAAAAUGAUGUUAAUAAUAUUAAGAGUGAGGAAAGUUCCGAGAAAACAGACUUAGUCAGCGAAGUUGAGGAAAUCACAGCAAAUACAGAAGUUAAAAGUAAAAAGAAGAAAAAGAAUAAAGGUAAUCAAGGUAUUGAAGAUCUCGAAAGUAAUGAAGUAGAAGAAAGUAAAAAUACUGACACAGUUCUGGGAGAAAAGAAAAAGAAACACAAAAUUAACUUUGUUGUUGAAAGUUUAUCUAAAGAUGAAGAGCCGAGCACAUCAAGUGAUGUAGCACAAAAUUUCCAGUCUAAAGGAAAAAAGAAUAAGGCAAAUUCGAUAACAGAAAAACUAGAACCACAAGGUGGUAAAUUAAAAAGAAAAUCGGAGCCAAACUCGAAUGAGACGAACGAAGUCCCGAAAAAGAAGAACAAACCAAAUCAAACGAACGGAAAAACUUUCAAAAAAAAUAAAAAUCAAACUAAAAAGAAAAACAAGUUUAAAGGCAAUCAAGAUGAAAAACCAGAAAAUCCAUUGAACAAGUUGUCAGACGAGAGAUUGAAAGCUUAUGGAUUGAACCCCAAGAAGUACAGAGGUUUCUUAAAAUAUAAGAAGUUUUAA